AUGAAAGUAUUUCAAGAAUAUAUUAAUUAGUUUUUGAAACAAUCCAUUCUUAAGAAGAGAGUUUCUUUAAAUGAAGUUGCAUAAUAGGCCAUAAGUAAAAUAUCCUAUCUUUCAAAUUAAAAGACAAAAUAUCUUUCAUUUUGA